AGACAGCCAUGCAAACUGCAGCAAGCAAACGCACACACUAGAUAGAUCAAGAUGGCCCCUCCACUCUCACAAUCAGUUAAUUUCAUCAAACCCCACACACAAAUAAUAUUACUACUAUACUAUCAAGAAUUGAUUGAGCUUUUCCACCACUCAAGUAGUGAGUUUGUUUUUGGCUGCAAAAGAAAACAAAAAAGAUAGCUUUGUUGAUGAUGGAGCAGAGUAGUGAUGAAUUGGGUGCGGCAAUUGAGAUGUCGUUCAAGAAGAAAGCUGCGGUUCCGAGGAAUUGGAUGGUGGUGGACAGCUGCGGUGAGGGGAUGAUUGUCGAUUGGGAUAAGUUUGAUAUCAUGAGACGCCUCCCCAUUAAUGCCAGAGACCUUCGAAUUCUUGAUCCUCUCCUCUCUUACCCUUCUGCUAUUCUUGUCAGAGAUACCGCCAUUGUCCUCAAUUUGGAGGUCCUUUUUCUCUUUUUAUUUCUCUCCCUAUUUAGUAUUUACUCUCCUCUCCUUAAUUUUAUUGUUUUGCAGCAUAUCAAGGCGAUUAUAACCACAGAUGAGGUGUUGUUGAGGGAUCCUCUUGAUGAGAAUGUGGCCCCAAUUGUUGAGGAGCUGCAGAGGCGGCUGCCUCUUGGCAUUGGUCGCGGUGAAGGAGAAGAAGAGGAGCUGCUUGAAGCACGCAGUGGUGAAGUAGACUCUAAUGAACUAGUAACAGAUUUCCCGUUUGAAUUCCGAGCACUAGAAGUAGCAUUGGAAGGCGUGUGCAGCUCCCUCGAUGCACAAACUAGAGAACUCGAGAUUUCUGCUUAUCCUGCAUUGGAUGAGCUCACGGCUAAGACAAACAGCACAAACUUGGACCGUGUGCGCAAGAUCAAGAGUUCUAUGACAAGAUUGACAAGCCGGGUUCAAAAAGUGAGGGAUGAACUAGAGCAACUACUGGAUGACGACGAUGACAUGGCUGAUCUCUAUCUCUCAAGGAAGAUGGCUAUGUCAGCUUCCGUCUCCACUGAAUCUCUGAAAACAGAAUCAAGAUUUUAUACAAGCAGAAGCAGAAGCAGCAGUAGCAAGGGAAGUGCAGUAACCACUACUCAAGAAGAGAAUAAUGUUGAUGAACUUGAGAUGCUACUUGAGGCUUAUUUUAUGCAAAUUGAAAGCACUAUGAACAAGCUGACUACGUUGAGAGAGUAUAUUGAUGAUACAGAAGAUUACAUUAAUAUUCAGUUGGAUAAUCAUCGGAAUCAGCUAAUUCAGCUGGAGCUGUUUCUGAGUUCAGGCACAGUGUGUUUGGCUGUGUAUUCUUUAGCAGCAGCUAUUUUUGGAAUGAAUAUUCGAUAUCCAUGGAGGGAAAACCAUGGCUUCCUAUUCAAAUGGGUUGUGAUGGUUACUCUACUUGUUUGUGGAUUCCUUUUUCUGUGGAUGAUCUCUUAUGCUCGACAUAAGGGUCUUGUUGGUUCUUGAAUCUUGAUUAGUAAAACUUUUUAUUACAUUUACCCUAUCAAUAUGUGGAGUAUUUUUUUAUAUGCUAAUAGUAUUAAUUAAGGUCUGAAA